AUGUCUUUGUCGGGUACGAAAAUGGAGGAGGCCAGGAAUCUGGUUAGCGAAAAACAGUACGACAAAGCUGAACAAGUGUAUUUGAGCUUGUUAGAUAAAGACAGUUCACAGAGCAGUGCCCCAGCUGGCAGCAUAGAUGAAAAGCGCAGAAAUGAGCAGGAGACCAGCAUAUUGGAAUUGGGACAGUUGUACGUGACAAUGGGCGCAAAGGACAAGCUGCGUGAGUUCAUUCCGCAUUCUACGGAGUAUAUGAUGCAGUUUGCGAAAUCCAAGACGGUGAAGGUCUUGAAAACAUUGAUUGAAAAGUUCGAGCAAGUGCCGGAUUCUUUGGAUGACCAGAUCUUUGUUUGCGAGAAAAGCAUCGAAUUUGCCAAGAGAGAGAAAAGGGUAUUUUUGAAGCAUUCUCUGUCGAUUAAAUUGGCUACGCUACACUACCAAAAGAAACAAUACAAGGAGUCGUUAGCAUUGAUCAACGAUUUGUUAAGGGAGUUCAAAAAACUGGAUGAUAAACCCUCUUUGGUUGAUGUACAUCUAUUGGAAAGUAAAGUUUAUCAUAAACUGAGAAACUUGGCAAAGUCCAAGGCCUCCUUGACCGCAGCAAGAACAGCAGCUAACUCCAUAUACUGUCCCACACAAACUGUAGCGGAAUUAGAUUUAAUGAGUGGUAUCCUGCACUGUGAAGAUAAAGAUUACAAAACUGCAUUUUCAUACUUCUUCGAGAGUUUUGAGAGUUACCAUAAUUUGACCACUCAUAAUUCCUAUGAAAAGGCAUGCCAAGUCCUGAAGUACAUGCUCUUGUCCAAGAUCAUGCUGAACCUUAUCGAUGACGUGAAAAACAUUCUAAAUGCCAAAUAUACAAAGGAAACGUACCAAUCUCGAGGUAUUGACGCCAUGAAAGCUGUCGCUGAGGCCUAUAAUAACAGAUCACUUUUGGACUUCAAUACGGCGCUAAAACAAUACGAGAAAGAGCUGAUGGGUGAUGAAUUAACAAGAUCUCACUUCAAUGCAUUAUACGAUACUUUAUUAGAGUCCAAUUUAUGUAAAAUUAUCGAGCCAUUCGAAUGCGUGGAAAUAUCUCACAUCUCUCAAAUAAUCGGCCUGGAUACCCAGCAAGUGGAAGGGAAACUGUCCCAGAUGAUACUGGAUAAGAUAUUCUAUGGUGUUUUGGAUCAAGGCAAUGGCUGGCUUUAUGUUUACGAGACUCCGAAUCAAGAUGCCACAUACGACUCUGCAUUAGAAUUAGUCGGACAAUUAAAUAAAGUCGUCGAUCAGUUGUUCGAAAAGGCAAGCGUCUUGUAUUAG